AUGUCUUCGUCGAAGGGGUCAGAUUUGGUCUCCUUCAAUGUGGGCGGCAAGAUCUACCAAGUGCUGCGGGAGCCCACGUUGAGUUUGCAUCCCAGCUCGUUGCUGACGCAGUUGGCGGAGGAUCAGAAGGAUGACAAGCCCAUCUUCGUGGAAGGAGAUCAGGAUCUUUUCAAGUUCGUGAUUGAUUACCAUCGAGAUCGCAAAGUCAUUUUGCCCGUGACCGUGAGUCGCGAUGCCGUGAAGCGCGAGCUGAAGCGAUUUGCCUUGGAGCCUACGGAGGAACAGAUUGUGCAGGAUGGUGUUUACUUUCCAGAAGUCAUGGGAAAGGUCGCCAAGUGGAGGGAUUCUAAUCGCACUCGCAAGCGGAAGGCCUGUCAGGAUUUUCUGGGCAGCUGCAUUGCAGAAGCGGCGUACAGCAAAAUGUCAGAAUCAGCUGGAAAAGAAUUCCGGGUCAUCCGUGGUGAUCUGCCCUAUUCAGAGAAAGACUUCGAGAGGCUCUUUGGCCCUGGUGCUGGGUUUCAGGUGGCAGAAUCUGAGGCCCUGAAAGACUUCGGAAGUUCUUUCGGAUAUUCCUUUACAUGUGGCAAUCGAAUGGGCUCCACCGGGCACUUUUGCUGGUUCACCUAUCAAUCAACCGAAUCCUUACUCUUGCGUUUCCGAAUUCCCACACCUGGCCCCAUGUCGUGCGCGAAAAGCUCGGAUCUCGUCACCUUCAAUGUGGGUGGCAAGAUCUACCAAGUGCUGCGGGAGCCCACGUUGAGUUUGCAUCCUAACUCACUGCUGACCCAGUUGGCGGAGGAUCAGAAGGAUGACAAGCCCAUCUUUGUGGAAGGUGACCAAGACCUCUUCAAGUAUGUCAUCGAUUACCACCGCGACCGUAAAGUCAUCCUCCCCAUCACCGUAUCCACUGAUGCCGUGAUGCGCGAGUUAAAGCGGUUCGGCUUGGAAGCGGCAGAAAACCAGAUCGUGCAGGACGGCGUUCCCUUCCCUUCUUUGAUGCGAAGAGUCGCCAAGUGGCAGGAGGCCAACGUAAGCCGCAAGAGAAAAGCGACGCUGGAUUUUAUCGGAAGUUUAAUUGCAGAGGUGGCUUCCGAGAAAAUGGGACAAGCAAAGGGAAAGGCGUUUUCCAUCCGAAGAAACGAUUUGCCUUGCAAUGAAAAGGAAUUUGACAGGCUCUUUGGCAGAGUUUCAGCAUCGCAAGUGCAAGAGUCAGAGGCACUGAAGGACUUUGAGCCCUCGCCUUGCUUCGCCGGCGUCGCGUCGAAACCGUCGGUUGCCAUGUCGUGUGGGUCCGGCUCGGAUCUCGUCACCUUCAAUGUGGGCGGCAAGAUCUACCAAGUGCUGCGGGAGCCCACGUUGAGUUUGCAUCCCGACUCACUCCUCACACAGAUGGCGGAGGAUCAGAAGGAGGACAAACCCAUCUUCGUGGAAGGUGAUCAAGACCUCUUCAAAUUUGUCAUUGAUUAUCAUCGAGACCGCAAGGUCAUCCUCCCCAUCACCGUGGCCAAAGAUGCCGUGCUGCGUGAGUUGAAGCGCUUCGGCCUGGAACCCACUGAUGACCAGAUUGUGGAGGAUGGCAUCUGCUUCUCUCUAGUGAAGAACAAAAUGCGGACGUGGCGAGACAGAGGCCGUAAGCUGAGGGAGCAGCCCGCGGCAGAGUUGCUGUGCGCUGUGAUGAUGGAAUCAGCUGCGGAGAAAUCCGCACAGGAUUCUGGAACGGGCUUUUUAGUUAGCAAACAUGACAUGACACAAGCGUUGAGUAUUGAUGACACGGCUUUCAGGUCUGGGGACAACACACAUUUUGCUGUGAUCUUUGGAUCGGAAAUUUGGGUAAAGGAGUGUGCCGGCUCGGAUCUCGUCACCUUCAAUGUGCCGCUGGGUGAAAGCCCGGAGAAGGGCGGCAAGAUCUACCAAGUGCUGCGGGAGCCCACGUUGAGUUUGCAUCCCAACUCCCUCCUCACACAGAUGGCGGAGGAUCAGAAGGAUGACAAACCCAUCUUCGUGGAAGGCGACCAAGACCUUUUUAAGUUCGUGAUUGACUAUCACCGGGACCGCAAAGUCCAUCUUCCCAUCAACAUCUCCAAAUCGGCCGUGCUCCACGAGCUGAAGCGCUUUGGCUUGGAAGCCACGGAAGACCAGCUUGUGGAAGAUGCCGUUCGCUUCUCCUCCAUGAAGAGGAAGAUGUUGGACUGGCAAGGCGAAAGCCAAAAAAUGAGGCAACGGGCGGCCGAAGAGUUGCUGUGCAGUGGGAUUAUGAAGGCGGCGGUGGAGAAAUCGAAAGAAGAUCAAGGAACGGGCUUCACUUUGAAGCGAGAUGACCUGCGCAGCGCGUUGGGUCUUGAUGAGACGGUGUUCAACAACCUAUUCUCUGUCGUGGCAGGGAAGAAGCCCUGUGAGUCUGAAGUCCUGCAACGGUUUGCACGCUCGUUUGGAUAUUCAAUGUCGGUGAGUAAACCUCGUGGCCAGUUCUUGGCGGGCAGCACUUGGAAUGGGUCCCAUAGUCUGAAUGUGGUAUUCACGCCGCAUUGAUUUGCAUACAGCUGGCAAAUGGCAGCUGCAAUCGUUUCUGCAGCCUCAAGAGUCUACCCAUGAUUUUCCAGAGAUCUGGAUUUGAAACUGCACACACGUCUCGGCACAGCACCUCUUUUAUAAAAAUUAGACGGACUGUGUGGAUUCAACCUGGCCAGUGGUUUCCAGCAUGGGAGUUUUGCAACACAACAAAACAGAGUCUGAGCACAUAUCAAGCAAUCGCUUCCUUUGUGGCUUGAUUAAGCUACUUUGAUUAGAAGUUUUCCACUGUUUGCUCAGGAAUUGCAGGAACAGAGUCUGCACCAGUUGUGGGACCGAGUGAAACCACCACCCGGCCCACUAGACCGAAAGACAGCAGCGUGGAUUAAAUU